CAUGAUACAGGGACUGCUACAGGGAUUUACUUUUCCAGCGUGCCAUGCGGCUUUGGGGCUUUGGGCGCCGCUCAAUGAACGCUCGAAAUUGACCGUUCUGAUCUACUCAGGGUGCAAUGUCGGAGUCAUCCUGGCCAUGUUGAUAACCGGCUGGAUUUCGUCCUCGGUAUAUGGGUGGCCGCUGGUUUUUUACCUAUUCGGAGCCACCACCAUCGUAUGGUGCAUCGCGUGGUUCUUUUUGGGGUACGACAGUCCGGCGAAACAUCCUCGAAUCGGCGUAGCCGAAAAGCACUACAUUAUGGAGGCUUUGGAACAUUGCGAAGAGGAAAUGAGCGACUCCAACUUGCCGAUAAGGCAAAUUUUGACUUCGCUUCCGUUUUGGGCGCUCGCCAUUUGCAACAUCGGCAACACCUGGGGAAUCACUCUGUUCGACUUGGAGGUCCCCACCUAUCUCCAGAAGGUCCUGGGCUUCGACAUUAAGACGAACGGCAUUAUUUCAUCCUUGCCCCAAAUCACCCAGCUGGGACUUUCGCUGGUGUUUGCCCCAGUAACCGACUACAUUGUGGAGAAAAAGGUCAUCUCUCUGAUGAACUGCCGCAGACUAUUCCAAGUUUUAGGUUCCUUGGUGCCGGCAGCCACCCUAGUGUGGCUGGCAUUCAUCAGCAAAUCCCAGGCAACACUGAUAAUCAUCCUACUGAACGUUAUAAUCGGUUUAACAGUCUUCUUGUACAAUGGCUCCUAUAUAAACCAUGUGGAUAUUUCCCCAAAAUACGCCGGACUGAUGCUGGGGAUGGAAAAUAGUAUAUCGCAAAUGGUGGGAUUAACUGGGCCCAUUUUCGUGCAAUACAUGGUGCCAGAUUUGAGCGACAUUCUCCUUUGGAGGAACGUGUUUCUUCUAGUGUCUGUGAUAACCGCUACUACUGCGACAUUCUUUAUGAUUUUCGGAUCGGCCAAGAUCCAGUGGUGGAACUCAUGGAGUGCUUCGAAUGCAGAGGCCGAGCAAUGCACUUUGAGCGCACCGAUUAUAGAAAAUAAAGUAUGAUAUAUGGACA